CAGUAAAGUUGUCCGCCUCACGCGCGGCGCGCGCGCUUCUCUUUAAUUUUCUUCGUCUCUACACAUUUUUAUAAUCUAGUCAAAAUGUAGGUUAGUGCUAAAUUGAUAUUGAGAUAGUGCAAAGCCAGUAUAUUAAAAAGUGUCUUAAUUUAAUAAUUGCUAUAUGCUACGGUCCAAAGAACAAUGCUGUGGGAAAAAAUAACGUUCAGCUGGCAUCGGCACUCGUUCCCAGCUACCUACCUACCUCUCUCCCCCCGCGAACCGGGUACCGGGUUCAAUGCGCCUCUGCAUUUAUUCAUCGUUUGUGGGAAAAAUUGACCCCCGUUUUAAAUUUUUAUUGUUAACGAAUUCACACGAUUUCAUAUUGUAGACUACCGCAUCUUUGAUGCAUCUUUCGGGAUUUUUGUUUUAUAAAUCUGAAACUGGACUGUUUUAAAUGAAUCCCACGAAUCAAGUGUCAUUAAAAGUUCUUAGUAAAUUACAAAGUGAUUAGGUAAUUAGGCAGGAGGAAAACAAAGUAAAUUCAAGAACAGGACAUCAAGGCUGCUUCAUUCCGUGGAACUGUGUUGUUUGUUCCGUGGUUUGCCAUGUUUGUCAAGUUUCAACUCCUUAGAAAUUAUCUCAUUGUGCAACCAGUGGAAUUGAUCUGCCUCAAAAGAAUAUCAGUGUAAACGUGAAUGUGGCAAAGGCUCGUUAUGAAAAUUUAUUUUAUCUCUGUGUCUGUGUUUAACGAAAGACGAAACUGUGAUGUGGAUAUGUGAGUGAUUGCAGUGGAUGAAGAAUAAUAUUACCUGAUUUAAAUAAAAUUAGGAAAACAUGGGCAAUCAGGGCUCGUCUCCGCACGAACCGCUGGAUCAUGUCCAAGCGCAGAAUCCUGAUUUAAAGAUGAAAUCGUCAGUCCGCAACUCGUUGAGGCGGGCGCGCGCGGGCGCCGCGCUGUCACCGCCGCGCGCCGGCAUGGAGCGCUUGCGCCGCUCGUUCCGCGAAUCGUUCCGCCGCCGCAAGGGCUCGCCUCCCGAGUCGGCGCGCCCGCACCAGUGGCAUGCGGACGAGGCCGCGGUGCGCGCGGGCACGUGCACGUUCCCCGUCAAGUACCUCGGCUGCGUCGAGGUGUUCGAGUCGCGGGGAAUGCAAGUGUGCGAGGAGGCGCUUAAGGUCCUUCGAAAUUCGCGUCGGCGUCCCGUCCGAGCAGUGCUACACGUGAGUGGGGAUGGACUGCGCGUGGUCGAAGAGGAAACAAAGGGGCUCAUUGUUGAUCAAACCAUCGAAAAAGUAUCUUUCUGCGCUCCAGAUAGAAAUCAUGAACGAGGCUUCAGCUACAUCUGCCGCGACGGCACGACGCGGCGUUGGAUGUGCCACGGGUUCCUGGCGUCGCGCGACUCCGGCGAGCGGCUGUCGCACGCGGUGGGCUGCGCGUUCGCGGCGUGCCUCGAGCGCAAGCAGCGCCGCGACAAGGAGUGCGCCGUGUCCAUGAGCAUCGACGCCGCCAGCCACGCCUUCACGCGCCAGGGCUCCUUCCGCAAAUCGGUGAUAGGUCGUCGCGUAUCAGAAGCAGACGUAGAUCUGCCGGCGGUACCCCAACUGCCCCACGCGCCCCACGCCCCGCCUCCGCACCCGGGCCCCACACCGGCCUCCGCCCCCGCUACAGGGCCCCGUGCCACUCCGCACAACCCUUUUGCCGUGGAGCGCCCGCAUGCAGCGCCGCACCUACUCGAGCGACAGGGCUCCUUUAGGGGCUUCGCACAUCUUAAUAACAAUUCUCCAUUUAAGCGGCAGAUGUCACUCCGCAUAAGCGAGUUGCCAUCUAAUGUAGAGCGACAGCGGAUGGGACUGGGCUCGCCGCCGGGUGCGCUGCCCACACUGCCCUCUCAGCCCGCUGUGCCCGCGCUGCCUGCAUUGCCUUCGUUGCCCACGGUGCCCGCUCUGCCCGCCACCCCGCCCGUGCCCGCCUUGCCCGCAUCUGCGAAUACGCAGCGUUCCGAUGACGUUAUUGAGGAGGCGGCGGCGCCGGACCCGGUGGCGGAGAUGUGCCAGCAGCUGUCGCUGGGGCUGCGCGCGCUGGCCGAGGAGCCCGUGCCGGCGGCGGGCGCGCUGCCGCACCCCGAGCAGUGGCUCGGCCGCGUGGCGCGCGCGCCGCCGCUCGCCGCCGCGCCGCGCGCCGCGUCCUUCGCCGGCCACGCCGCCACCAACCCCUUCCUCGCGCCCGCGCUCGACUGACCCGCGCCCCCCGCCGCACCCCCCGUCGCGCCGCUCAUCGACUGGAGCCCCUCACCCCGCGAUACCCCCGAGCCUCUCCUAGCGUGGCCGCCCGCGCCUGCCGAGCGGAGUCCCUUGCCCGCCCUGGAGUGGCGCCCCUCGCCCGCUCUGGACGAACGCCCCGCCCCGGCUAGCGACGACCGCGCCCGGCGCCCCGCGCCCGCUCUGGAUUGGCGCCCCAAACCCGCGCUCGAGUGGUACCCUACGCCGGCUUCGGAGUGAUCUCGCUCAGCAAGCACGAGAGAGUGUCGCGUGAUCAUUCACUUCACCGUUGAACUUUUUACGUAUUGCAAAUAACCCAAGUUUGGCAUACAAUCCGAAUACACAAU